AGUUAACCUGUCAAUCAGCUAUAAAACGUCAAAAAACAAAAAAAUUGUUUAUGAUAAAAGCCAAUUUAUCUAAAAUUGAUUAAUUUCUUACUUUUUGAAGGUGUUUACUGUUUACUGAAAAUGGAAGAAGGUAUUGAACAGGAGGAGCAGCCUCAAAUAACUACAGCUAACUCUAAUGUUCCACUAUUUAUCAAAAAACUAUGGAAAAUGGUUAACGAUAAAGACGCCGAGGACAUAAUUAGUUGGAACGCAACUGGUGAUAGUUUUAUCAUACACAAUCAAUUAGAAUUCAUAACCACGUUGUUACCGCUGUAUUUCAAGCACAACAACAUGGCUAGCUUCGUUAGGCAACUCAACUUCUACAAUUUCCACAAAGUUCCUAAUAUUAAAGAUGAAAUUCAAUUCACGCAUACUUGCUUUAUGAAAGACGUGCCAGAAAUAUUGCCCUUUAUCAGGAGGAAAAAUCCUAUUUUAAACAAGAAAACUAUAUCGCAUCACAAAGAACAAGAAGUCGAAGAAUUGCUAACAGACAUUAAAAAUCUCAAGAGCAAGCACACUUUAGUAGACAAAGAAUUAGCCAUGUUGAAGCAGGAAAACGUUGCCCUGUGGAACGAGUUGAAUUCUUUAAGGCUAAAGUACACGAAACAAUCUACGAUAAUUAACAUGCUCAUACAUUUCUUGAUAACUUACAUACAUUCUCAUCAAAAUUCAUUUACAACUCCAAACAUUCAAGUUUCGCCUAGUGAAAACAUCAAAGUCGGACCAACAUUACUAGAAAUAGGCUAUAAAAACAACAAGUCACCUACUAAAAACAACGCCGAUCAUUAUACAGUAUUAGAACCGGGAACUAGUAGCUCGAUAACUUACUCGGUGAAGCUCCCGAAAAGCGAUCCGGAAACUCAAAGACCUCGGAAGAACGCUCAUACUUUAGAAGAUCUACUAGCCAUGGAGGACCAAGGUUACCCUAGCUUAAAACGAGCUAAGAAAAGGCCGUUAACAUAUUCCAUUAAACUACCGGGAAAUCAACCGGAUAAAUUAAGCAAACCCGAAAUUCAAAAUUCACUUAUGGACAUAUUAAGAGAAAACGAAUUAUUAUGCGAAGAAGACACCGAUGACAUACUUAAACAGCAUGUCAGAGAAGCCGGAUUAUUAAACGAUGAGGUUAACGAGGAAUCGCCAAUUGUAAAUUCACCCGAGGAAACUCCAACUUAUACCAUUAGUUAUCCUAAUGAAACUACCGUUGAUUGGGAUCAUCCACCAACUUUAAAUACACAACUGAUAAAACUAGAACAAAUUAACAAUGAUUACAAUUUAUCAACUGUACCAACUGUACCAACUGUACCCACAGAACCAACUGUACCAAUUGUACCUACUUCACCAACUGUAUCUACUCCGAAAGAUGGGCAUCAAAUUAAGCAAGAAACAGUUGGUGCUGAUGGAAAAUCGUCCUCGAAAUACAAAUUCAUCACCAAGCCAAAAUUCAUUAAAAUUCCCAUUAAGAAUUUAAAUCAAUCGUCUGCGAACAAGACGAAUUUUAUUAAGGUUUCGCCCAAUCAAGCGGCCAAGCAAGCUUCAGUCAAGCAAAACGUGGCUUCUCCGAAGAACGUGAACGCCGAAGGGGCUCUGUUAGAAAUCCUAAAGGAAACCGAAAAGCUCAAGGAAGAUAAUAUGAAUUUACCGGCUUCCAGUAACAUGCAAAACUUGCUGAAUAGCCCUUCGGUGGAGGAGACUUUUCCUGAUUUGUACACCAGCCAAUCCGACGUUGCUUCUAGCGAUUUCGAAGCGAAAUCGCGGCCAAAUUUAAACAGAACCAGAUCGAUAAGUAAAGAAAAGCAGUUCAAUAUAAUGGAUAACCCGAAAGAGCACCUUAGCCAGUACGUGGACAGUACACAAGAAGAAAUUGAUAUGCUGCAAGAUAUCCUAAAUGAUUUAACAUCUAAAGAUAUUACCGAAAUUCUCAAUACUGAUCCGCAGGAAGGGGAUGGUAAUGUUGAAACUGAGGGUGAAAAUGCGGAAGAAUAUGUAAACAUUGACGAUUCGGUCGAUAAGUAUUUUAAAAAUAGUUUGUGGAAUUUGGAAAAUUCGCAAUGAAUGAUAAAGUUGGUUCGUGUUGAUGUGGUAAUGAUGUCAUUCUGUUAUUAAAUUAAUUAGGGCAUAUUUUUUUGAAAAUCUCGAAUGUGGAAGAAAAACGUCGAAUUGUGGCAAUGCUGGAUUAUUUCGAUUUGUGAUGUUAUUAGCGCAUUGGCACGAAUUGAUUUAUUUUUUAGUAUACAAUUGCACAACUGCCUUAAUUAACGAAUAUUUUACACGUUUUUUAGAGUUCUUUUAACACAACCAUUACGAUUGUGUAGAUUUGUAUUUAAGUUUAAAGUUUUAUUAACCGGAAUCUUUUUUCUAAUUAAUAGUGUCCUGGAUUUUAUUACUUUUUAGGGAUAUCAUUUAUUGGCGAAAUCUGCUUUUAUUCUAAAAUUAGUAAGUUAAUUGCUAAACCAUUUUUAAUUAAUUGUUUUUAUUAUUUUGUACUAAGUCGAUUUAACAUAAUAUUUCUAAAUUAUUAUGCCGAUUGGUUUUAUUUUUUGUUGCGAAAAUAAAAAAGUAACAAUUCUGAUUUAUACACAGAGUGGUCCAAGAUAAAUGCUUCUCAAAAUACUUGAGAAAAAAUGAAGAAAUUGAAAUAUUUUUUAAUUAUGGUAUUAUCCAAAUGAUCAGCCUUUCCGUGAACAAAUAUCUCUGUGAACGGAUGUAUUAAAAGUGGGCCACUCUGUAUAUUUUUAAAAUAAAUUUAUCCAAAAUGGUGAACUGGCUGUGAGAAGUACUUACACUUGUGUAAGUAAAAAAAAUCGAAUAUUAAAUUAUUAGGAGUUCGAAGAAAUUAAUAACUUAUACAGGGUGUUUUUGAAAAUUUUUGUACCUUUUCAGAAAUCAAAAGAAGUUCACCAUUGCUCGAAAGUAAUAAUAAUAGGAGUGUGAUAUUCGAAAUUAUUACCGGCAGUUUAAAAUUGAAACUGAAUUGCAGAUGUCUAUUAGAUCUACUUAUUUAAGCAUUUAUAUUAGUUUAAAAUGCCGUUUCUGCAACACAAAUUCAAUAUCAUAUCUUCGUUUCAGAUGAGUACUAGCCUAGUUCUUGUAUAAACACAUAUACAGGGUGUCCCUGGAUGGAGUUGAUAAGAAGAAAAAUCGUUUAAAUAAAAAAGUAUUUUUUUAUAAAAAGUCCUGCGGUGUCUCCAGGGACAAACUAUAUUUUUCAUUUAAGCAUUCACUAAUUUGUGUACUGGUUAAACACUCAUUGAAACAAACCUAAUGAAUACAUUUAGUAUACAACUUAAAGUAGGGAAAUUAUAUUUACCUACCCAACUUUAAGUUGAACACUAUACAGAACGGACUCCACAAAAACGCCUAAUUUUUAUCGAGAUCUUUAACGUAGAUAUUAGUUUACGUACAUACAUUAUUUAAAGUUAAACCAUUGGAUUUAUAAAAAAGGUAGAAAAUAG